AUGCCCGACGACUUCUCCAUUUUCACCUCUAUGAGGUACGACGCUAGACUUGCACAGCUGAAAAGUCGAGGAUGCGCUGGCGAGGGCUGGAACUCUGAGAACAACUCCCCUCUGUACAUGCUUGACUUUCAUCGCGAUCGGCUCCUCAAGGCAGCGACACAUUGGGGCUGGCAGUCCGCAGCAGACCAAAUAUCCGGUGACGAUGGGCUGUCAUAUCUGGCUCAACUCAUUGCAAGCGCUGUAGGGCCAUCUCAUCCAACACCUUUGAAACUUAAAAUAGUCGUGUCUCAUCAAGGCGACAUCAGAAUCGAGCACUCCAGCACACCCGAGGUUCCCAUACACAACCUCUUGCCAGCUCGGCUUCCAGACCCAUUUCGUCCUUCGCUGGAAAGCGAACCACAGAAGGUUUCUGCCUAUACGGUUCUCUUGGAUCAGGCUUCAACGACGAGGUCCGAGUAUACUCAUUUUAAAACUACAAAGAGGGCCAUGUACGACGCAGCCCGACAGCGUGCUGGCAUUAGUUAUGCAGACCCCGUAGAGGUCUUGAUCGUAAGCCAAGACGACGGUUCUGUGAUGGAAGGGACAUUUACUACGCCAUAUUUCUGGAGGGCCGGCCGUUGGGUUACACCACCUGUUGCAACCCAGUUCAGCUGGGAGGAAGGGAAUGGCGGCCAAGAUGGAACCUCGAGACGUUGGGCAUUGGAACGAGGACUCGCUUCAGAGCAAGUUAUCGAUUCCAAAUCUUUGAUCCAUGGCGAAGAAUGUUGGAUUAGCAACGGUGUCAGAGGAUUCAUUCCGGCCACCAUUCGGCUCUUUUGA